ACUGCCACUCUCACUCCUGCAUUUGGUGGAGGAGAUAGGAGAUGGUGGCAGUCCUGGACAGCCUUGUCUGAACUGGGAAGCUAAGCUGAAUCUGACCAGGGUAUAUUAUAAUGAAAUGCUGGACACUGAAUCAGAGCCAAUUGGCCAGAAGCCAUCCUUUUUGGCUGCUUGUCCAAUUGACCCUCAUUGCAAUCUGAUAACCAUCAUGGACCCAAGGGAAAUGAGCACUGGAGGCCUGAGGCAAAGAAGGUCUCAGGAGCAGACCAGGGGGGAAGAGGAAGCACAAUUACUCAGUGCAGAAGCUGAACACUGGGAGAAAAUUAAUGCCCACAUCCAAUGGAAGAGACACCUGGAGGUAAUGAAGGCGAAGGUACUAGAACAGGUACACAGUCAGCUGAGUGAUCUCUUAGAUAAGGCCUUGGAAGAAACAGCUCAUUCCAGACCCCAGCAAUUGAGCGUCAUCCCAGCAAAGAAGCAAAGCAGAGAGAAGGGUCAGCUACUGAAGAAGAAAGUCUUUGUCCCUCAACGGUCCUUGUUUGACACAUUGCUGGAGGUGGAACAUUUCGGCUCAAUCCAUCACAUAUUUGUUGCCGUGCUCUGUAUCUUUGUCCUCAAACAAAUCAUUGUGGAUUCCAUCGAUGAAGGACGUCUUGUUUUGGAUUUUGAGCUCUUUAUCAUUGGCUUUCAACAGCUGCCCACAGCACUCUUGGCCUGGCUCUGCAUGUUCCUCUACACCUUAUUUGUGCCCUAUCAGGCCCUGCAAAUGUGGUCAGGCUGCUUGAAGACGACCAGGUUCCCCAACCUCUUGACGGUCACCUUGGUGUUCCUGGUGCUGCUCUGCCAUGCUGCAGUGCUGGGAUUCUUCCCUGUCUAUAUUACUGUCUACUGUAAUUUGGGAAUUGCCUCCCGUAAAAUUGUCCUCUUUGAGCAGAUCCGGUUCCUGAUGAAAAGCUACUCAUUUCUGCGAGAAUCGAUGCCUCCUCUUCUCCACGCUAGGAACCAAGUUGCUGUCCCUGAAUUCUCAACCUACUUAUAUUUUCUCUUCUGCCCAACUUUGAUCUACAGAAUGAGCUAUCCAAGAGAUCCAUACAUCCGCUGGAGUUACGUCAUCCGAAAACUGGUUGAGUUCUUGGCUGGUAUAUAUUUUGUGAAUUUCCUUCUGAAAUACUACUUCAUCCCUAACUUGGGCAACAUGCAUAAGCAGCCUUUCACCAUCAAAACCCUGCUGCUCUCCAUCUUUGAUUCAGUUAUACCUGGGAUAUCAUUUCUAUUCGUGGUCUUCUAUUUCUUCCAGGACUGCUGGCAAAACAUAUUUGCUGAGAUCCUGCGCUUUGCGGACCGUUCUUUCUACAAGGACUGGUGGAAUUCCACAUCAUUCUGCAUUUUUCGGUCAUGGAAUGGGAUUGUACACGAUUGGCUGUACUGCUAUAUUUAUCAAGAUUUUCUGUGGCUGAUAGGAGGGAGAGCCCGAGCUGGAGCUAUGUUCAUGGUCUUCCUUUUGUCAGCGGUUAUCCAUGAAUACCUCUUCACCUUGGCUUUUGGCUUCUUCUUUCCCGUCAUGUUUGUGCUUUUUGCCAUGACUGGAGUGUUCUUUAAUUUUGUUCUCAAUGAUAAGAGAAAAGGCCCUUUCUGGAACAUCAUCAUAUGGAUAUGCCUCUGUUUGGGCCUAGCGAUCUUUUUCUCCUUAUACUGCCAAGAGUGGUUUGCACAGGCCCACUGUCCACUCAAGGAGAAGACCUUCUGGGAAGUGACUCCACGCUCCUGGUAUUGCCAUGCAUAAGCAACUAUUUCCAGCCUACUCUAACCUUCUACUUUGCUUCAAAAAUGAUGUCUCACAAGGGUAGCAAUUAUCCUGCUGCUGCAGCAACAAGGACUCCCAGCACAUCAUGCAUCUCCUCCACUCCGUCCAUGGAAAGCUGCAUUUGGAAAUUCCUUACCUGAGAGUGCUAAAAUUUGGUUUGUAGGUUUGAAGGUUCUCAUCUAGUAGAGACAAAACAUCUACAAAGAUCCCUGCUGUGUGAAGUUUGUUGGUCUUCUGGGUGCUCAAAAUCCAGGCAAAAGGGGCUAAGGAAAAUUUAUAAAUGACAAUCUUUAGUUGCCUCCAGGAUUUACAAAACUAAUUUUCAUUCUUAAACUACUUAAAAGAAAACAUGAAAGCUUCAUCCUAAAAUGUAGGUUAUCCCACAUCCCAGCUUUAAUCCAAACUCUGUUGCUUUUAUGACAGCAUUCAGUCUUCCAGAUACAUUGAAAUCCAGCUCCCACAAGGUCCAUUGAUUAGGAAUGAUGGAAGUUAGAAUUCAACAAUAUCAGAAGUACUGCUUAUAUUUUCUACCUUUAGACUUUCAUUCAACAUUUUAUCUCCAGCAGUAAGGAAGGGAAUCUGAAUUGCCACCAGCAGUAUCCAUUCAAUGCCUCCUUUAGUGGUGAAUGAUUUUUGAAACUAUAUUUGGAAAUAAAAACAGAUUAUGCUAA